AUGUCAACGCCAAUUACAGAAGGUCCAGUUUAUCUAUGUGAUCGCUCUUCCCAGGCGGCAUUUAGGAACUUUGUUCAAACCAGAGAUGGAAUGGAUGAAAGUGUACAGGGGGAAAAGUAUACAGCGGGAAAGCCUUCAACAUCUUUUGAAUUCCUCUUAUCUCAUUUAUACUUUACUUUGCAAAUUAAAAAGGUGAAGGUAGGACUAGUGUACAUGUGAUGCCUUAAAAAUUCCUUUAUAAAGCUGUAUUGGUAUAUAUUUACAGAAAAGUUGUGUGAACCAUUAACAGAUGGGUUUUAUAGGGGAAAAUUGUAUCAACUUCAAUACAAAAAAAAAAUCCUGCAAAACUUGGACUCUAGAAAAAAAAUCAUGCAGGCGUUUAUCCUCGAAAAAAAAAUCCUGCACGGAAAUUUUUCUGCUCCCGCCCUCCGGGUUUUUCUAAUGGUCCGCCCCUUAGCUUCUGAAAUCUGUGGUGAUUUGACGAAAGAGAUUGAUAACAAUUUAAACAAUUAUUCGCCGAAGGCGAGGUGAUUAUCGGGGAAUAUUCGCCGAGACGAAGUCGAAGGUGAAUAUUCCCCGAUAAUCACCGAGCCUGAGGCGAAUAAUUGUUUUAGUAUUUUUGUGUUUUUUGGGACUGAAUUUAUUACAAUUUCGCUUAUUUCUUUAUCAGUAACUUCCACAAAACGGCUAGUCGCCAUUUUGAAGAUUUCGUUUUUGUUAUAUUCAACUGUAGGUGAAUAUAACAGGUUAAUACGUCAAAUUUGACCAAUCAACUGGUAGGAUUUGUUAUGUUCACUUGUGCAAAAAUAAUAAUACUCCUUGUUCGAGCGCUUUAAUUGUUUAAGUUUUCUGAACUUAGUGAGGAAAUAGUCAUAACCGAACUGCGUAAUCUUGAAACAUCGAAAUCAACCGGUAUUGAUAUGAUACCAGCUCGAGUUCUUAAGAUAUCUGCAGAUAUUAUUGCACCAUCAAUAACCUGGAUAUUUAGUAUUUCUUUAAGAACAGGAAUUUUUAUUGAUAGUUGGAAGAAGGCUUGUGUGAUUAGCAAUUUAUAA